GGGCGCCAGAAUGGAGGCUGCAAAUGCCGCAGCCGAUCAUCACGCUUGCUGACAUAAGCUUAAAUCCGAGGGCGUCUGGCACUCGACGACGCGAUUGAAGGCUCAGACUGUUGCAUUUUGAACUAAUUCAAUGCUGUGAGAUAACAGUAGGGCAAUAGCUAUGCUCGCUGAUACAGUAUCAGACCUGUUAUACAGGAUUGUGGAUGAGGAGGCCGAUCGAUGCCAUGUGGCUCCAUGCACCCUGGACUUUUGUCAGCCUGCAGCAGCGCAGCGAUUUUCUUCCCCACGCUAAGACAAAACAUCCAUCGAAAUCGCCCGAGGCCGAGCGAGUGUUGACUUGCACGCGCAGCGCAGCCCACCAUGACGACAGCAUCCCAAGACAACGACGAGCCAUCCUACGUCGACUACGAGACGUUCCUGGAUCCGAACUUUAAGCCAGCUGCCUUUGCCAACUCGCUGGUCGUUGCGACCAACAACCCCAAUGACUCCACGCUAGACCUGUCGACACCCCUUUCAAGGGUUCUCUUUGACGCCCAGGAAGUCGACUCGCACAUUGACUCUCUGACGACGCGCUCGGCGAUACCGCUACUUCAGUAUACCCAAGAGCAAACAAGCGCCAGUGCACGGAUCGUUGACGAGCUUGACGCUCAGAUCAAGACCUUGAACGACAGCUACAAGCAGCUGGAGAAGGAGGUUGUCGACAAGCAUGCCGAAGCAGACGAGGUGCGGCAGGUUGCUCUGCGACUAUGGGAGACAUUGAGAUUGGCGCGGUCGGUCGGUCGAUGUCUACAGCUCGGACGCCAGCUCGAAGUCCAGCAUGCUGACCUGGGGCGCUCAGGGGCUGGCGACGACCAGGCAGCUUUGGUGCGGUGCUCGUACACUAUUCUAAGUCUACGGGAGAUCCUCGAGAAACGAGCACAAGGAGAGGAAGGGUUCGGGCUGAACCGAGUGGACGCGGUGCGCAGCCUGCAGGACACCGUCAUCAACCCGAUUGAACGGUCAGUGCGAGAUACGGCGGAGCGGACAUUACGCGACUUUGCGAUAACGAACUCGAUGACAUUCGCCCAAGGCGAAGAGGCUCGAGAGAACAUGGCGUCGGCCAUGGCGACCCUAUAUCUGCUGUCGCCAUUGGUCACGCUCAAGGCGGAGAAAUGGACCCCUCGAUAUCUGCUCGUUGCCCUCGAAUCAUACAUACGGACAGCCCUGCAGACAUCUGUGACGAUUCUCUCCCGAGCCUUGAGCCAGCUGCCGACGCUGGAAAGGGCGCUGCUGGAAGUUUCUGCCAAGUGCCAGCACAUUGUCGCCCUGGAAAUCAUCCUCGAAGCUACCAAGGCGCCUUCGCACCCCCUGCUUCCCCCUGAUGCACGGCAGAGCCAAGUACCACUGCUGCAGUCCAUAUACGCGCAUCUGGAGACGUCCUCGCUUCCAUCGUACUACUGGCGAACCAUGGCCAGCAAUUUGGCCAGUCGUGUGCAAGACAUUGUCAACCGAGGCGGCGUGGUUGCGAGGACCCUGAAAUCGAACAAAUCCAAUGUCGGGGACGCGAUCCGACACGCCGUCCUCAGGGGCUGCCAGCCGCCCAACGCACUGUCCGGGUCGAAGAGGACGACGACGGGCAAUUGGGAGCGCGAAAGUGCAGUCAUGGUGGCGAGCGUGGUCAACAACCUGGGUCGGUAGACGUGAUCUGUAAUACCUAGACAGGCGCCGAACGCCUCACGCAUUUGUCUGACGAAUCAGUCCAGUCCCCAUCAAAAGGCGGCAAGCGUGCGGCACUGCCAUGAGGUGGAUCCAGUCCCCGCACGCCUCACCUCAGUCUGUCCAUCAAUACAAUGAUUUAUGUUCUCUUCAUACUGCAGACGUACUGCAGAAGCCAGUAACUGUUGACUAUUUCACCUUGCUCGCUGCCAGCAUGGCUCCCAACGCAGGCCUCGUGCACCCAAAGGAAUACGACAUCAAAGACAGCA